GGUGGUGCUUGCAGUGAAUCGGGAGGGAGGGAGACAGGCAGAGCAAAGUCGAGCUGGAUUACUUUCGCGUGUGUAAACAAAACAGGUGGGACCUGUGAGAGGGAGGAGAGGGAGGAGAGGGAGAGGUGGGAGAGCAGGAGGACUUGGCGGCGGACCAUGAGCAGAGGUGGCGCAGCUCGCUCGAGCACCUGCUGAAACAACCCAGCCCGUGACUAUGGCAGUGGCUGAACUCUAUACCAAGUACAAUAGUGUUUGGAUUCCUGACCCUGAUGAGGUCUGGCAGUCUGCUGAAAUCACCAAGGACUACAAGAAGGGAUCUGAUGAACUACAUCUGCAGUUAGAAGAUGGCACUGAACUAAAAUAUCCAGUUGAUCCAGUCAACUUGUUUUUACCACCUCUACGAAACCCUGAUAUACUCGUGGGCGAAAAUGACCUCACAGCGCUCAGUUACCUCCACGAGCCCGCGGUUCUGCACAACCUCAAAGUGCGCUUUGUGGAUUCCAAACUCAUCUACACAUAUUGUGGUAUUAUCCUUGUGGCUAUUAACCCAUACAAAGAAGUACCAAUCUAUGGAGACGCUAUCAUUUAUGCCUAUAGUGGGCAAAAUAUGGGCGAUAUGGAUCCUCAUAUUUUUGCAGUGGCUGAAGAAGCUUACAAACAAAUGGCCAGGAAGAAUCGGAACCAGUCUAUCAUUGUUAGUGGAGAGUCUGGUGCAGGGAAAACCGUAUCUGCCCGAUAUGCUAUGAGGUAUUUUGCUACUGUUAGCAAAUCCAGUAGCAAGGAUUGUAUAGAAGAUAAAGUCCUUGCAUCAAAUCCUAUAACAGAGGCUAUUGGAAAUGCAAAGACAACGCGAAAUGACAAUAGCAGUCGUUUUGGUAAAUACACUGAGAUCAGCUUUGAUACCCGGUAUCGAAUCAUUGGUGCAAAUAUGAGAACUUACUUGCUGGAAAAGUCUCGGGUGGUGUUUCAGACUGAAAAUGAGAGAAAUUAUCACAUAUUCUACCAACUUUGUGCAUCUGCUGAUAAAUCCGAGUUCAAGCACCUGAGGCUAGGUGCUGCAGAAGACUUCAGUUAUGUAAACAUGGGUGGAAAUGCUGUCAUCGAUGGUGUUAAUGACAGAGCAGACUUUACUGAAACUCAGAAAACAUUUUCACUGUUGGGUUUGAAACAAGAUUUUCAAAUGGAUAUCUUCAAAGUCUUGGCAGGUAUUCUGCAUUUAGGAAAUGUAGAAAUCAAAGCUGUGAGCGAUGAAAAAUCUUCAGUGAAACUCGAUGAUUAUCACCUGACAGUGUUUUGUGAACUCCUUGAACUUAAGGCAAACGACAUGGCUUAUGGACUGUGUCACAGGAAAAUUGCUACUGCCUCGGACACCGUGAUCAAACCGAUGACCAAAGCUCAAGCUAUCAAUGCCAGGGAUGCUUUGGCCAAGCACAUCUAUUCUCAUCUGUUUAGCUGCAUUGUGGAUCACAUUAACAAGGCUCUACAGUUUUCCGGAAAACAGCAUACCUUCAUUGGUGUACUGGACAUUUACGGGUUUGAAACCUUCGACAUCAAUAGUUUUGAACAGUUCUGUAUAAAUUACGCCAAUGAAAAACUGCAGCAACAAUUCAAUUUGCAUGUGUUUAAACUUGAACAAGAUGAAUAUAUGAAAGAAGACAUUCCAUGGACAUUGAUAGAAUUCAACGAUAAUCAGCCUUGUAUUGAUUUGAUAGAAGCCAAAAUGGGUAUAUUGGAGCUACUGGAUGAGGAAUGUCUGCUGCCAUUAGGAACAGAGGAAAACUGGCUUCAGAAACUCCAGAAUAACUACUUAAACAAAAACCCUCUCUUUGAGAAGCCCAGAAUGAUGAGAAAGGCUUUCAUCAUCCAGCACUUUGCUGACAAGGUACAAUAUGAAUGUGAGGGAUUCCUGGAGAAAAACAGAGACACAUUGUAUGAAGAACUCAUCAAUGUACUGAGGAAAAGUAAGUUCCAGCUACUAGUCGAUUUCUUUCAAGACAAUGAAACAUCCACAGGAAACUUGAAUGCACAUAUUAAAGUCAGAGCUGCAAGGCCAGGGUUUAAAUCCUUCAACAAGCAACACCGCACGACAGUCGGCAGUAAGUUCCGUAAUUCUCUGCAUUUGCUGAUGGAGACACUUAACGCCACAACACCUCACUAUGUGCGAUGUAUUAAGCCAAAUGACGCCAAACUCCCAUUUGAAUAUGACUCAAAGAGGGUUGUUCAGCAGCUGAGAGCCUGUGGUGUUCUGGAAACUAUUCGGAUCAGUGCACAGAGUUACCCUUCCAGAUGGACUUACUUCGAGUUUUUCAGCCGUUACCGUAUUUUGAUGUCACAACGUGAUUUGGCGAUAAAUGACAAAAAACAAAUUUGCAAAGAGGUCUUGCAACGCUUAAUUCAGGAUCCAAACCAAUAUCACUUUGGUAAAACCAAGAUUUUCUUCCGAGCAGGGCAAGUGGCCUAUUUGGAGAAACUGCGGGCAGAUAGACUUAGGGCAGCUUCGAUCACCAUACAGAAAAACCUACGCUGCUGGAUUCAACGGAAAAAGUUCCUCAAGGUCAAACAAGCCACUGUCGUCAUUCAACAGUAUGUACGUGGGCAGCGCGCAAUACGACACGUAUUGAAUGCCACUUCCCUGAAGCAAGCAUGGGCAGUGAUCAUCAUCCAGAAACACUGGCGGCGGUUCAUCGUGCGCCGUCUUUACCAGCUCAUUCUGCUGGCCACCGUUACCAUCCAGAGCUACACCCGUGGCUGGCUUGCCAGAAGGCGUUAUAAGAAGAUGGUGAAGGAUCAGAAAGCAUUAAUAAUCCAAAAGCAUGUCCGUGCCUGGUUGGUAAGACGCAGGUACCAAAGUAUACGGCGUUUCGUUUUGAACAUCCAGCUCUCAUUUCGUGUCAAACAACUCCACAAGAAACUGGAGGAACAGAGCAAAGAGAACAAAGGACUGCUGGAACGUUUGACCUCUCUGUCUGCACUUCAAUCUGUUGAUUCGGAAAAAUUUCACAAAGUUGAGGAAGAGUUACAGAAAUCAGUGACACAAAAGCAGUUCCUUGAGGACCAAAUGAAGAAAAGCAAGGCAAAAACGGAAAAGACAUUGUCAGAACUCCGGAAGGAAACAUUAUCCCUGCAGGCUCAAAAUGAGAAGAUGAAGCAACAACACCAGGAACAGACCCAAGAAAUGAAAAAAAAAUUGGAUCAAAUUUCACAGCAGCAUCUUGAAGAUUUUGAAAGGGAAGAACGUCAAAGAAGGAAAUUGGAGAACAAUUUUCAAAACCAGAAGGAGGACUAUGAGCAUCAGAUAGCGGCCCUGACUGAUGAAGUAAAACAUCUGAGAGAGGAAAGAAUUCAAUUGCAAGAGCAGAUUCAGGAAGAGUACCUGGCAAAUGAGAGUCUACGGCAGGAAAUAACACAGCUGACCAAUGAAGCACUGAUAAUUCCGAAGCUUAAAGGGGACAUUGCAACACUUGAAAUGAAGAAACAAGGUUUAGAACUGUGCUUGCAAAAUCAAAGGAAAGAAAUGCGAGAAAAAGUGGAAGAAAUUACACAGCAGCUCCUUGGCGGUUUAGAGGGAGAAGAAUUACGAAAGAGGCUUUCUUCAGAAGACAUGGAACAACUAAAUGAAGAUGGGGAACUUUGGUUGGCCUAUGAAGGACUGAAAAGAGCUAGCAGAGUGAUGGAAUCGCAUAUUCAGUCUCAGAAAGAGAACUAUGAGAAGGAAAUUGAAGAACUCAGUUUGAAAAUUGAACAGCUCUCUGAAGACACAUCUCACUUGCAGCAAAAGUUCCAAGAAGAAAAUUUUACCAAUGAGAACCUCCGACUGGACUUGACCAGGCUGGCCAAUGAAAACAUGGUCAUCCCCGAACUCAAACUGCAAAUCCUAGAACUACAAAAAGAGAAACAGGAGAUUGAGAACCAGUUGAAGGGGCAGGUUGUGAAAAUGAAAGAAAAGAUGGAGGAAGUUACUGAUCAGUUGCAAGGCAGCCUUGAAGAAGAAGGACUCCACAGAAGAUUGUUAGAGUCUGAGAAAGAUAACUGUGCAAAAGAAAAUGUGGAAUUACUUGCUAAAGUCAGAAAACUUCAGAAUGAGAAUUAUCAGCUACUGAAUCGAACUCAAACCGAUAUCACGAUCAAUAACAGAAUGCAACAGGAAACAUCUCAAUUAACAAUGGAAAACUUGGAUCUGGAGGAGCAACUUGACCAGAAAGAAAAACAAAUAAAGAAGUUACAGAAUCAGAUUAAGUCAUUAACAAAAACAGCUGAAAGAGUUAAUCAGACCAAUGCAAAUCUUCAUCAAGCUACGAAGAAGGAAUACCUUGGAAUGCUGGAAUGCAAAGCAGAAGAUGAAGAAAAGCUCAUCAAAAAUCUAAUUUUAGAUCUUAAACCAAGGGGUGUGGUGGUAAACAUGAUUCCAGGACUUCCAGCCUACAUUCUGUUCAUGUGUGUUCGCUACGCAGAUGAUACGAAUGAUGCUGACAUGUUGAAAUCCUUGAUGAACUCCCUGACUGCUGGUAUCAAGGAAGUUGCCAAGAAUCACAAUGCAGAUUUUGAAAUCCUGUCUUUCUGGCUUUCAAACAAUGUGCACUUCCUCAACUGUUUAAAGCAGUACAGUGGGGAGGAGGAGUUUAUGAAGCACAACACUUCUCAGCAAAACAGUCAAUGCUUGAGAAACUUUGACCUGUCUGAAUACAGGCAGAUUCUGAGUGACUUGGCUAUCCAUAUCUACCAACAAGUGAUUCAAGUGAUGGAAAACGACCUUCAGCCAAUGAUAGUGCCAGGAAUGCUUGAACAUGAAAGUCUUCAGGGCAUUUCCAGUAUGAAGCCAACAGGGCUUAGGAAACGAUCUUCAAGCUUUCUGGAUGAAGCAGAUCACUAUACCAUCUCGUCCCUUCUGCAGCAGCUCAGUUACUACUUCACCACCAUGUGUCAACACGGCAUGGACAUGGAUCUCAUUAAACAGGCGGUCAAGCAGCUCUUCUUUCAGAUUGGAGCAGUCACCCUUAAUAACCUUUUCCUACGCAAGGACAUGUGUUCAUGCAGAAAAGGAAUGCAAAUAAGGUGCAACAUUAGUUAUUUGGAAGAGUGGCUGAAGGAAAAGAAUAUCCAGGGCAGUAGUGCGAAGGAUACUUUGGAGUCGCUCUCUCAGGCCGCCUGGCUGCUUCAGGUCAAUAAGACAACAGAUGAUGAUGUGAAAGAAAUAUGUGAAAGAUGUUCCUCUCUUACAUCGGUGCAGAUUGUCAAGAUCUUGAAUUCCUACACGCCAAUAGAUGAUUUUGAGAAACGUGUGGCUCCAUCCUUUGUACGGAAAGUUCAGUCGCAACUCAACAGUCGUGAAGAUGGUUCAACACUAAUAGUUGAUGCCAAAUACCAAUUCCAAGUGACUUUCCCUUUCAAUCCAUCUUCUCAGGCUCUGGAAACGAUCCAGAUACCUAACAGUUUAAAAUUAAACUUCCUUACUAGGAUUUGAAGCAUGUAACUAUAGAAUAUCAUGGUACUUGAGAGUGAAGAUGAAUUAUGUUGCAAUUGAUUAUUUAAGACAAUGAUUGAUAGUCCAGAUUAUGGAAAUUGGAUAUUUUUUCUCCUUGUGACAUGCCAAAAUGUAUGAUAUAUUUGACUCUAAGAACACUUCCACGAUGUGCAAUUUUUUAAAAAGCGUAAUCUAUUUUUUAUAAAAUGUGAAACCUUCAGUUUGAAUUGGCUGCUUUCAGAAGUAUAGUAUUUAAUUUUUUAAAAUACCAUGUAACUGUAAAACAAUAAUUGCAAAUGGCAUAAUUGUUAUCUUAAAGACAAAAGCAAAUAGAAAUGUUUACAUAAGAGAGAGGAGCAAGAGUUGGUCAUUUUUCCCACUCAGGCCUGCUUUAUCACUGAAUAAUGAUCUGAUUUUUGGUGUCAGGUCACUAUUCUGUCUGACCCCAUAAUAUUGAAUUCUCUUGUAGCCCAAAUUUCUGACUGUUUCAGUCACAGUCCUCAUAAUAUUGAUUACAAAAUUAUUUUACCAAAAUCCAUGAACUGGAGAUUUUAAAACCUGUACAGUUUCUAGGGUGGUUUUAAUAUAUGCGUAGAAUAUGGAUACAUGUUUAGAAUUUUUAAAAAAAUAGGAACAUCGCAGAAUGCAUCAGUUUUUGUCACAUUUUGGAUUUCUAUGUACAGAAUGUGUUUUAAACCUUUAUACCAUGAGCACUGUUCAAAAAUGCAAAGUUAAAAUGUUGUGCAAUAAUGUCUUAUUACUGUGUGAAAUUUCAGGGCAUAUUGUAAAAUUGUCAGGAAAAUUUCACUAUUAGAGACUGUGUUACCAUUUUAAAAAAAAAUUUAAGGGAAAAUGGUGUCUAUUGUGCCCCUUGGAAUAUAGCAUUUCUGCAGUCUGUUCACAACACAUUAAAGGAGUUUCAUCCUCUAAUCGGUCAAACACUACGCACCACUCUGGGUGUGUUUGGGUAUAAAGUUAAGACCAGACUGAACCAUGGUCAAUCCAAAUCCAAACCUGAUCUCGAACCUAAUGUUUCAUUACCUGUCUGGGAGGCUUUUGUAAAAAAAAAAUCAUUAAAAAAAAAUGAUUUGUAACACUGCGUAUCUGUUGUUGAAGUGUAGAAGAUGCAGACAGUAAUACUGAUUGAACCGCCCUGAUCUGAACAAAGCACUGAGCUAGUUAACAUGGCAAGGUCCAAUACAACCCUGAACUUUGACACAAGAAGCAUAAUCAGGUCCCAUUAGAGCCAUGCUCUACAUACAACUAAUUCCGUACUACAUAAAAAGGAUCCCUAAAGGCAGUCGAUUUUUC